GGUACAGUUUACCUGUGCUCGGUAAGCGACCAGAAUACACGGCCAGCUUCUCGGAAACGAUACGGUUAUGCAGAACGACGGCCCGCCCCGAACGAGCAAAGAUAGAAUCCGGAGGAAAUUCAAAUAAACGCUACCAAGCUUACCAAGAGACGAAACGUGAAAGGAUUUAGAUUUGUUCUGUGCUGAACAAAAAUUGUUUAAUAUUCCAACGGAAAUAGGAAUGCAAAUGCGGCUGAUUUAUUAAUGGGCGCGAUAGUUUCUAUUGCAAGUUAGAAUAAUGUUGUGGUUGGAUAAUAUUUUAUAUGCCGCGCUGACAACUUUAUGGCAGUUUGUGAUUCGCGCUGAGUUGUUAACGUGCGCUUGUGAUUUAAGAGUUGAAUUAUGAAUGUUUCGUAUUUACUAAAAGACAAAUAGCUGCUUGGACUUUUUAUAGGAAGGUUGAUCACAGGACUGAACUCAUGUUUUCGCCAUCUACGAAAGCAGCCUGGUGGCUGGCAACAUUCCUUAGUGUGUUAGUCACAGGUGAAAUACCUAUCCAUGCGGAGGUGGAGCCUGAAUUCCUGGCGCCGCUUGAGAACCACACGGUGACACAAGGUCGCGAUGUGCACUUCACAUGCGUCGUCAACCACCUUUCCAAUUAUCGGGUCGCAUGGAUAAAGUCAGACUCGAAGGCGAUCCUCGCGAUCCAUACUAACAUGGUGGCGCUGAACCCGCGUCUGUCCGUCACCUACAACAACCAUAACACAUGGAAGCUGCACGUCAGCAACGUGCAGGCUAAUGAUUCGGGCACUUACAUGUGCCAGGUCAACACAGAUCCAAUGAAGAGUCAGAUGGGUCACCUAGCGGUAGUGAUACCACCGGACAUAGUGGACACGGUUAGCGAGGGCAGCUCGGCGCGUGAAGGCGGCAGCGUGCGGUUAGCAUGCAGCGCGACGGGCGUGCCGGCGCCCGCUGUCAUGUGGCGUCGCGAACACAACAAGCCCAUCAUAUUCCGUCAUGAUGGCGGCCGGGAGAAGAAAGUGGUGGAGGUCCACAAAGGGGAAAGCCUGGACAUGUCGAACGUCCAACGGAGCGACAUGGGUGCUUACUACUGCAUCGCGAGCAACGGCGUGCCCCCGACCGUCAGCCGGCGGUACCACGUGCAAGUACAUUUCAUACCCCAAGUUAAAGUUACCAAUCAGCUGGUCGGUGCGCCUCUGGGCAGCGACGUGGCUUUACAAUGCUACAUUGAAGCAUCCCCGAAAGCUAUGAACUCGUGGUAUCGAGAAGAUGCCUUAGUGAGCGACAAGCUUCUUGAGAACCCAAAAUUCCGUGUAACAGAAACUAUAGUGAACGAAUAUUCUCUUUGGAUGAAUUUAACUAUAAAAUCAUUGGCACCAAGUGAUUUUGGAACUUACGUGUGCGCGUCGGUCAACGCGCUGGGGAAGAUGGAGAGCCAAGUCAGCUUACAUAGAUUAGAGCUGAACGGUUUCCCCGACGAGCCGCUAGUGUCGGGCGCGGCGUGGCAGCGCGCGCGCAACCUGCCCGCGCGGGCGCACCCGGCCUCAUCCCAUGCGCAGUACUCCCUCGCGCAACGGCUACCACCACAGCUCUAUGCUCUUAUGCUUACUGCUCUCAGAUAUGUUACUACAUUUUAAUUUUUUCACUGAAUGAUGAU